UGCAGACAGAUGCACAACAAGUUGCAGAGGGGAAAUUUGUAUUUAACCUUCCUGAUUAUGAGAAUGUCAAUCACGUGGUAGUCUUUAUGCUGGGGACAGCACCGUUCCCUGUAGGAACAGGAGGAUCUGUGUAUUUUUCGUAUCCCGACAAGGAUGGAAUGCCAGUUUGGCAGUUGCUAGGAUUCAUAAGUAAUGAAAAGCCUAGUGCAAUCUUCAAAAUAUCACGGUUAAAGACAGAGGAAGUUGGACAGCAUCCUUUUGGAAUGAUGAAUAUCGCACAAACUCAAUCUGUUGCUCAAAUAGGGAUUUCUGUGGAACCUGUGGAAUUAUUGAAACAGCAGACCCCAGUAGCAAGCGCAGCUGUAUCAACAGUCGAUUCAUUUACACAGUUUACACAGAAGAUGCUAGACAACUUCUAUAAUUUUUCAACCUCAUUUGCACUGACCCAGGCUCAGAUGAUCCCAAAUCCCUCUGAGAUGUUUAUCCCAGCAAGUAUUGUCUUGAAAUGGUAUGAGAAUUUUCACCGAAGAUUGUCCCAAAAUCCAAAUUUUUGGAAAUCGUAAACAAUAUUCACGAGAAGAUAAUGUUACAGCCAACAGUGUUGAAUUUGUGUAAACUGAUUUUUGCAAUCCUUUGCAAGAUGUUUUGAAUACAUGCUGCUUUUCAUAGUAAUCACGCUGGUUUGAAAAUUAUUUUGGAACAUUUUGCUUGUGAUACCUGUCACACUUUGUUGUUAUAAUGGAUAAUAACAACCUCACUAAUCAUGUCUGAAUUGACAUUUGCAUUCUCAAAAUGGAUUCUAAAUUGGAAUUGAAAGUCUAAGAAUAUGUGGAAUUGUAUAAUAUUGUGAACAUUCAUUAUAAUAUGCCACAAGUGGGUUGGCAGUCAUAUCGGGAGAAAUAUCUCAUAGGGAAUUCUGCUCAAGAUAAAUCUUUAUGCAGCUAUACACUCCUUUCGCACUCACUGUCGUGUCUAAGAUGUUCCUUUGUUCUCACUUGCAUCUUUUUCUACCAUCAGUGCCAGUGAUUAAAUUUGCUUUAUAAAGA